AUGCAUCGCGCCCUGUUCGCAGCGACACGCCGCCAGCUCUCGACUGCGGCCUCGCCGCGGAGCUUCCCAGCAACGCUGCACCGCCUGCAGCACCGCCGCGAGUCGCGUCUCUACGACGAACAACUGCGCUCGCCAGCCGACCUGCCGCUGGACGCCGUGCUCGUCUCGCACGAUGGCCUGGUGCAACCCGGGACGAGGACUAGAACAUCGCCCGGCGCCGUCUUCAUGCCCAAUACCUUCUACAUGCAGGAGCUGACCCGGACGGCCUUCGACGAGUACAUAGAGCGUGCACAGGCCAGCGGCCUGUCGGCCGCUCUAUGCUACCUGACCAUACCAAAAGGCAAGUUUGCGAGCUGGGAAACAAAGGGACCAAACAAAGACUCACGUUCCACCCGUAUAGGUACGCCGAUUCCACCGUCUCUGGCCCUCGUCCGCGAGCGAAGCGCCCGGUUCUCCCUACAGCCCGCGCAGCCGGUGUCCUUGAGCGCGCUGAAUGCCCAUUUGACGGCGUUCUAUGCCGAGUGUGGCGUUGUGACGCCGGCUGGCGAGUGGAUGGAGAAGAACGCCUACGAUGAGGCUUUUGACGACGACGCGGAAGACUGGAUGGAACACUAG